UUGCAAUAACGCUACAUCUGCCAGGACAACAGCGAAAGCUUCUUCCGUCGGUGGGUUUAAUACAGUUUGGAGAGAAGUUAAACGCUUACCUGUAGCAGCCAUCUUGAAUUCUUUCAAGCUGAAGUCGGAUGAUCUGUCAAGAACUUCGGGGAAAGCGGAAAACCUCCGAAAUGCUUCUUCUUCAUUGGUUGAUUCUUCGCUGCUUUAGAAAGCACGGCGUAAUGCCCACACUGCUCAAUGGGGGGCGCCAAUUCCCCGGCAUGAGGUUCUGCUUGGACGCACUUAGUGUAAUUAUCAUUACACUCGUGAGUGUGGUGAACAAUAAUGGAUGUUUUAAAUGUGGAUUAUUAGCCCACAGCAUCACGUAACCGUGACAGGUUGGCUAGACUACCAGUGAAAGCACACCGUUAUCUCCAGGAAGGGGGAGAAAAAACAAAGAACAGUGUUGGCCAACAGUGAUGAAGAGUGUGGGCCAUCGCAGUGAAGCUGGAGAGAGUCAAAGAAGUCAACUGAAGUGAGGAAGAGCGUGGGUCAUCGUCGUGAAGCUGGAGAGAGUCAAAGAAGUCAACCGAAGUGAGGAAGAGCGUGGGUCAUCGCUGUGAAGCUGGAGAGAGUCAAAGAAGUCAACUAAAGUGAGGAAGAGCGUGGGUCAUCGCUGUGAAGCUGGAGAGAGUCAAAGAAGUCAACUAAAGUGAGGAAGAGUGUGGGUCAUCGCUGUGAAGCUGGAGAGAGUCAAAGAAGUCAACUGAAGUGAGGAAGAGCGUGGGUCAUCGCUGUGAAGCUGGAGAGAGUCAAAGAAGUCAACUAAAGUGAGGAAGAGUGUGGGUCAUCGCUGUGAAGCUGGAGAGAGUCAAAGAAGUCAACUGAAGUGAGGAAGAGUGUGGGUCAUCGCUGUGAAGCUGGAGAGAGUCAAAGAAGUCAACUAAAGUGAGGAAGAGUGUGGGUCAUCGCUGUGAAGCUGGAGAGAGUCAAAGAAGUCAACUGAAGUGAGGAAGAGUGUGGGUCAUCGCCGUGAAGCUGGAGAGAGUCAAAGAAGUCAACUGAAGUGAGGAAGAGUGUGGGUCAUCGCCGUGAAGCUGGAGAGAGUCAAAGAAGUCAACUGAAGUGAGGAAGAGCGUGGGUCAUCGCUGUGAAGCUGGAGAGAGUCAAAGAAGUCAACUAAAGUGAGGAAGAGUGUGGGUCAUCGCUGUGAAGCUGGAGAGAGUCAAAGAAGUCAACUGAAGUGAGGAAGAGUGUGGGUCAUCGCUGUGAAGCUGGAGAGAGUCAAAGAAGUCAACUAAAGUGAGGAAGAGUGUGGGUCAUCGCUGUGAAGCUGGAGAGAGUCAAAGAAGUCAACUGAAGUGAGGAAGAGUGUGGGUCAUCGCCGUGAAGCUGGAGAGAGUCAAAGAAGUCAACUGAAGUGAGGAAGAGUGUGGGUCAUCGCCGUGAAGCUGGAGAGAGUCAAAGAAGUCAACUGAAGUGAGGAAGAGUGUGGGUCAUCGUCGUGAAGCUGGAGAGAGUCAAAGAAGUCAACUGAAGUGAUGAAGAGUGUGGGUCAUCGUCGUGAAGCUGGAGAGAGUCAAAGAAGUCAACUGAAGUGAUGAAGAGUGUGGGUCAUCGCCGUGAAGCUGGAGAGAGUCAAAGAAGUCAACUGAAGUGAGGAAGAGUGUGGGUCAUCGCCGUGAAGCUGGAGAGAGUCAAAGAAGUCAACUAAAGUGAGGAAGAGUGUGGGUCAUCGUCGUGAAGCUGGAGAGAGUCAAAGAAGUCAACUGAAGUGAGGAAGAGCGUGGGUCAUCGCUGUGAAGCUGGAGAGAGUCAAAGAAGUCAACUGAAGUCAUGGCAGCUAGUUGGACUCCACUGAGACAGUUCGUUAGUCCCUUUCACUGUAACUGGGUCCACGUCCCCAGGGCCUCGGCGUUCAUCCAGCCGUGACUCCUCACUCCCACACAGCAGGUGGCGCUGUACGCAGAGCUCCGUUUACAACUGAAGAAGAAGACAGAUAUCCCAGCGUGCACUGCUGCCGCGGUGUCCGACGUUACCAAACAAAGCAGACGCGAUGCUGAAAGUGACGAGUUUGUGCAGCCGCUGAGACUCAGACAUUAAGCAGGAACUGCGCUUACUUCACCCGCUCCAGGAUGAGCGCCGUGCGGACCCUGUGCGCCACCGCGGUGAUCGCAGUCGUGGGGCUCGGCUGUGGGCUGUGGAUGGUCAUAACUGCCGGAGAAGAAAGGCUCAUCAAGAAUCUGCCUGAAUCGAAUCCAGUGAGAAUGGAAGAGGCGAAGAAGAGGAUGGCUCUAGUGAUGCAGGCAAUGAAGGAGGCUGCUGCAACCGACGACAACAUUGCAAAAGGAUAUGGAGGAUCUGAAAAAUAGCCGGGCCCAGCUCUGUGACCCAUUUGGAAAAGCUCCGCGUAUUGAAUGCUGCUGGCACGUUCAAAUAAAGAUGGACAUUAUGAGAUUUUACUUUUUUUUUUUUUUAUUGUUGUCCGAUUUGUGAAAACAAUUUACCGUCGGAUGUAGAAAUUGUUUAUUAAAACUCUCCAAAGACAA